AUGGAGAACCAAUCCAGCGUCUCUGAGUUUUUCCUCCGGGGAAUAUCUGAUUUGCCGGAGCAACAGCACUUACUCUAUGGAAUUUUCCUGUGUAUGUAUCUUGUCACCUUGACUGGGAAUGUGCUCAUCAUCCUGGCCAUUGCCUCUGACCCACACCUCCACACCCCCAUGUACUUCUUUUUGGCCAACCUGUCCUUGGUGGACAUGGGUUUAACAUCCUGCACAGUCACCAAGAUGCUGGUGAAUGUACAGACCCGGCAUCCUACCAUCUCCUAUACUGGUUGCCUCACACAAAUGUACUUCUUUCUGAUGUUUGGUGACCUGGACAGCUUCUUGCUGGCUGUAAUGGCAUAUGACCGAUACGUGGCCAUUUGCAGCCCUCUCCUCUACUCCACAGUAAUGAGCCCCCGGGCCUGCGUCCUGCUGCUCGCCUUGUGUUGGCUCCUCACUAACCUGGUUGCCCUCACUCACACCCUCCUCAUGGCCCGGCUGUCCUUCUGUGUUGUGGGGGAAAUUGCUCACUUUUUCUGUGACAUAACUCCCGUCCUGAAGCUGUCGUGUUCCAGCACCCGUGUCAAUGAGUUGACGGUUUUUGUCUUAGGAGGCACUGUGCUCGUGGUCCCCUUCCUGUGCAUUGUUAUCUCCUACAUCCACAUUGUGUCUGCCAUCCUGAGGGUCCGGACUCCUGGUGGAGGGGGCAAGGCCUUCUCCACCUGCGGUUCCCAUCUCUGUGUUGUCUGUUUCUUCUACGGGACCCUUUUCAGUGCCUACCUGUGCCCUCCCUCCGUGGCCUCUGAAGAGAAGAGCAUUGCAGCGGCUGCAGUGUACACGGUAGUGACUCCCAUGCUGAACCCUUUCAUCUACAGCCUCAGGAACAAGGACAUGAAGGGAGCCCUGAAGAGGCUCCUCGGUCACAGGAGCUUUUCUUUUUAG